GAGCCACCGCUCCCCUCCGGGCACGCUGCCCUCCCCUCCGGCGGGGCCGAACGGCUUCUCCAGCCGCCGAUCGCACCCAUCAGCCCGGCAGCGGGGGGUCAGCGGAGCCCCUGAGGGGCCGGACCGUUGUUUCGGGGGCGGCUCUUAGGGCCCGGUAACGGCGGGGAGGGGAGUCCCGUCCCCGUCCCGCCCCGCCGGGGAGCCUGCGCGGAGCCGGCGGGCAGCGCUCGGGCCAUGGGCGGGCAGAGCUGAACACCGGCGGCCGGAUCGCCAUGCCGGCUCCGGAACCUAUGCCCGGUUACGGGCAACUGCUGAAACGAGGUUACGGGAGUUUGACGGAAGCGAUAAAGGCUUGCGGAGACUGCGGUUGGGAACUAUCGCGACAGACCUGGACCGAAAACGCCUACCUGGGUUGGGGAGAGGUGUUGCUCUGCGGACUCUGCGCCCUCGGAUGGACCGUGCUGCGCCGCGCCGCCGCCCGCAGACUCUUUGGGCCCUUUGGGGAGUGGUGCAACUUGCAGCCGAAAGAUGCUGCCAAGAUGCCUGAGAGUGCCUGGAAGCUGCUUUUCUACACGUUAUCCUGGUCAUACGGCAUCUACCUGCUCUUCUUCACCGACUACCCCUUCUUCUACGACCCGCCGUCCGUCUUUUAUGACUGGAAGAAAGGCAUGGAUGUGCCCACGGACAUCGCCAUCGCCUACCUGUUGCAGUGCAGCUUCUACGGACACUCCAUCUAUGCCACCGCCUACAUGGACACAUGGCGCAAGGACUCCGUUGUCAUGCUUCUCCACCACGUGGUCACGCUGACCCUCAUAGCCUUCUCCUACGCUUUCAGGUACCACAACGUGGGCAUCCUCGUGCUCUUCCUGCACGACGUCAAUGACGUGCAGCUGGAAUUCACCAAGCUCAACGUCUACUUCAAGCACCGGGGGGGAGUCUAUCAUCGCCUCAACGACAUCAUCUCCAACAUCGGCUGCCUCACCUUCAGCGUCAGCUGGUUCUGGUUCCGUCUCUACUGGUUUCCCCUCAAGGUGCUCUACGCCACUUGCUACUCCAGCCUCCAGUCGGUCCCUAAUAUCCCCUUCUACUUCUUCUUCAAUGCUCUGCUCCUUGUCCUCACUCUGAUGAACAUCUACUGGUUUCUGUACAUCGUCCUGUUUGUGGCCAAGGUGCUGAUGGGGCAGAUGCAAGAGGUGAAUGAUGUGCGUGAGUACGACGUGGAGGACAGCAAGAAAACCACAACGGCCAAGAAGAAAGAGGCUGGACUGCAGCUGCCCAAUGCUCUGAAAGAAGGGAUGCACCUGAAGAAUGGACUUGUAAAAGACAAGCGGUUAUAAGGGAAGCGUGGCUGCUGCAGCCUGGGCAGCCUGGCUGGAUCUGGGGACUGACCCGGGACCCUACACUCAAACCCAGCAAAUGAAAGGCACAAGGAGAACUUCAUCCCUGAUCCCCC